AUGGAUUCGGGGCCGGAUUUCGAGGUCCAGCAGCCUUCAAGCGAACCAAGUACGAACAAUCCGCGGCUCCCGCGGCUUCGCGACAACAGCCUUUCGCAGUAUACACGCGAACCUUUAAGUGAUGGUCUGCGUGAGCCGAUCUCGUUUAAGCGCAAACAUAAGCACCGAUCUGGAUUCAGUUUAUCGAAUCUCUCCAAUAUCUUUACGACCGACUCCGACGGACAUUCGGGUCCCAGCCGUACAGCAUCCAGGAACGGACUGACAACAGACAUUGAUCCGCAGCCAGCGGGUGAAAGCUCGCAACGUAAUGGGAACUAUAACAUCCAGAAGGAGGGAGGCUUGUUAGAUUGGUAUGUUGAAGGUCCAGGGCGACGGGUCGGUUACGAUGAUUUCACUGCUAUUGAUUGGAUAUUUGAAUACACGAAAGAGCGUCAAAGGAAGCGACUACUCUCGGCUAGCGGGAAAGGAAUGCUUGGGUACGCUCGCAAAGUUUUUGAUGCCAGUAACGUUUGGUUCGUUCUCAUCGCUACGGGAAUAUCAGUUGGUAUCAUUGCUGCAUCCAUUGAUAUCGUCAGCGACUGGCUGGGGGACAUCAAAGCUGGAUAUUGCAAAAAUGGCCCAGGGGGAGGGAAAUUUUAUUUGAACCGUAGCUUUUGCUGCUGGGGACACGAAGAGGUCCUAGGCGGCUUCAUUAUCAGGCAUUUCAUGGGGCCCUGGACCCUUGCGAUUAAAUCAUUAGGUUUGCCUAAACAGCAACGAAGGUUUUCACCCGUACACGCCGAGGAGACUGAAAGAGAGCUAACAUUUAUAGCGAGAAAACGAGAGGUACUCUCUGCGGCAGCUGCCGCAGGCAUAUCCGUUGCCUUUGGCGCACCAAUUGGCGGUGUCCUGUUCAGUUUAGAGCAAUUAUCAUACUACUUUCCUGACAAAGCAAUGUGGCAAAGUUUUGUCUGCGCAAUGGUAGCCACAGUUACCCUACAAGCGCUAGAUCCAUUUCGCACAGGCAACAUUGCUCUCUACGAAGUGAAGUACACCAGGGGUUGGCAUCGUUUCGAAAUGAUACCAUUUGUUAUUCUCGGUAUCGUGGGCGGUCUCUAUGGAGCGUUCCUCAUCCGAUUGAACAUGCGAAUUGCUAAAUGGCGAAAAACGCGGAGUUUCUCCCAUCCAAUAAUUGAGGUUGUGGUCGUAUCUAUCCUCAGCGCUCUGGUAAACUACCCUAACAUAUUCAUGAGAGCUCAAAACUCGGAACUUGUCCAUUCGCUGUUCGCCGAAUGCAGUGCAGGAACUCCUGACCAUUUCGGUCUUUGCAAGACUGGGGCAGCGUCAGCUGGUACAGUAGCUCUUUUGCUUGUAGCUGCUGUCCUAGGAUUUUUCCUCACGACAAUCACAUUUGGGCUUGAUAUCCCUGCUGGUAUUAUCCUUCCAUCAUUCGCAAUCGGUGCUCUGUAUGGGCGUGCUCUAGGAACGGCUUUCAAAAUCUGGCAGGACUCUUACCCUGGUUUUUUCCUCUUCGGGAACUGUGAGCCUGAUAUCCCUUGCGUGACUCCGGGACUCUACGCAAUUGUCGGGGCGGCUUCAGCCCUUGGCGGCGCUACAAGAAUGACCGUAUCAAUUGUCGUCAUUAUGUUUGAACUUACAGGGGCCCUUACGUAUGUCAUCCCCAUCAUGAUCGCAGUUAUGUUGUCCAAAUGGUGCGGGGAUAUAUUUGGAAAGCGCGGUAUCUAUGAAUCGUGGAUCCAGCUCAACGAGUAUCCUUUCCUUGAUCACCGUGAGGACACCGCUCCUCCCGAUGUACCUGCCCAUGCCGUCAUGACAAAAACAGAUGACCUUACAGUCCUUACCGCCGUCGGUCAUACGGUUGGCUCUCUUCGAAACCUUCUUCAGACUACCUCAUACCGCGGAUUUCCCGUCGUUAUGGAAGCCUCGAACCCCGUUCUCCUUGGCUAUGUCUCACGCAACGAGCUUUCUUACGCCCUGAAGAACCCCACAUCUCCAUCUGGAGAAGAGCUCUCUAGCGCAACUCCGGUCUUUUUUGCGCAUCAACCAUUUGCGGACCCGAUGGAUACGCUCGACCUUCGACCUUGGAUGGACCAAACCCCUAUCACGCUGAACAGCGGUACAACCUUCCUAAUAGUGCUGCGCAUGUUUCAAAGACUUGGCCUCCGUUAUGUCUUAUUUGUAAACAAAGGUUUCCUCCAUGGGCUACUAACAAAAAAGGAUGUAUGGUCUGUUGUUAAUGAUCCUGCAUCUCGGGAGGGCGAAUGGACAAGUGGUCCUCUCGGGGGAAAUGACACUGCAGAAGAGAUUGGACUACUGCAAAGCGAUGAUGCUUUGAGUAUUGCUCCUCCACUGACGCCACUGGACCGGCGGCCUUCGUUUUAG